AUGUUAAACCUUCGUGUUUCCGCCACCGUUCUCGGGCUAAUCGUAAGUUCAACGGCUCUCUCAAUCCUACAAACCCCACCACCUGAACCCUGCACCGGAAAUUGCACGUUCAUCCACGAUCCAAGCGUUGUUCGUAGAAGCGACGGAACAUGGCUUCGCUUCUCCACCAUCGGUAAUAUCGCGAUAGCCACCGCACCUGCACUCACAGGACCAUGGACGUAUCAAGGUGCUCUCCUCCCACAGGGCUCCACUAUCCGGGUUCGCGACGACCAAGAAUUAUGGGCCCCAGAUGUAUUCUUCGCCAACGAUCAAUUCUAUGCAUACUACAGCGUAAGCAAGAGCGGGUUUCAGGGUUCAGAUAUCGGCGUCGCGACGAGCAAAACGGGUGAUGCUGGCACAUGGACGGAUCAUGGCAGUGUGGGCGUUCCCAAAUCGGCCGACUACAACGUCAUCGAUGCGAACCUUUUCCGCGAAUGCGACACGUGCGACAAUGUCUGGACCUUUGGUUCUGCGUGGAAGGGCGUGUAUCAGACUUCGCUCACCAAAGACUAUCUCAAAUGGGGCGGCGAAAUACCUCGCCAAGUAUUGUACAAUUCUUCUUACCCUUUGAAGCCGCAGACGUUCCCCUCAAUUACGGAAGGUGGGUUCCUGUUCUGGUGGGCGGUAGGCGGGACGAAAUACUACUACAACUUCUUCUCAUCGGGCGCGUGCUGCAAUGCUGCAGACGAUCUCCAAGCUCCGGGUGAUGAAUACAAGAUUAUGGUGUGUCGCGCAACAUCGCCAACCGGACCAUUCACAGAUGCCGAUGGGAAGAAUUGCGCGUCUGAGAAUGGAGGCACGCUGGUGCUGGGUAGCCAUGGGAAUGUGUAUGCGCCUGGUGGUCAGGGUGUGAUAGUCGAACCGGGAGUGAACCGUGUUGCGCUAUAUUACCACUACGCUGAUCGAAGCAUUGGGUACGCAUUCGACCAGUUUCUAUUUGGUUUCAACUACCUCGACUUCUCGAGCGGAUGGCCAGUGGUUACAUCGUAG